AUGCACCUCCCAUUCCUUAGCUCUGGUCCAAAGCCAGCUAUGAUAGGCGUAUCAACCCUCAGCUCCAAGUCAUUCGCACCCUAUGGAACAGUGAUCUCUCCCCCUUUGCCAAAUGACCUGGUCGCUGCACCCUCUCAUCUUCCCUCUUUGCCCUCGAAGCCCACGGAGCCAACCCUCGUUAAUCAAGGGUAUGCAAUAAAAUACAGUCCUGUCUCACCUAUGGAAAACAGCUACGGCACCGGUGGGGAAGCUCGACAGCCAGCUUCACCGCGUAUAAGUCUGUUCUCAUGUUUCCCUCGGAAAUUGCGGGAAUCUGGCGAUUCGUCCGCAAGGCUACUGUUUGAUGUACAGGUCUUGGAGAGGCAUCCAUAUACAUCACAGACUUUUAUUCCUCUUUCUACUAGUUCUCGAGGCCGUGGCAAUGGAUCGCGCGAUGCCAACAGCCCCUCUACGACAAUACGUAACGAUGCUAUCUAUUUGAUCAUUGUGGCGCCUAGUUUAACUGGCCAAACUGUUACGGUUACAGUAAAAGCGAAGGACGACCAUGCAGGCCUCGCUACCAUACGGGAUCCUCCGGAUUUGUCAAAUUUGCAGGCAUUUAUCGCAAAGCCCGGGCAGGCAAUUACGUAUGCAACCGGGACAUGGCAUGCUCCAAUGGUGGUCUUGGGCGAGAAGAGGAUCGAUUUUGUUGUGAUUCAAUUUAUGAAUGGAGUCGAAGACGAUGAUUGUCAAAUUGUUACUUUCGAUGGAAUUGCCGUGGGUAUCCCAGACCCUGCCAUUAACCAGAAAAGCCGGGCAAGGCUCUGA